AAGUGGCGGUCAAACAAUCAACACGAGUAGGAUGUUUUUGGUUGCCUUAGUCUUUUUUUACACGUUAUCAAUAUAAACCCUGAAGACCAAAAUACAGAAGAGGAUACAUCUGUAGGAACUAGUUCAGUGUUAUUUGUUUUCAUCCUUUGUGGUCUUUUUCCUUUCUGAAGGAGCUCUAUGGAAAGAUACUAUCUCCACAAAGUCAUCGGCGAGGGCUCUUUCGGUAGGGCUUUGUUAGUCCGGUGUAAAAGCAGUCAGGAGAAGUAUGUGGUCAAGGAAAUCCAGCUUCCAAAGAAUAACUCCAAGUUGGAGAAUUCAAGGAGGGAAGCCAUCCUGCUGUCCAAAAUGAAACAUCCUAAUAUUGUGACCUUCAGGGAGGCCUUUGAAGUUGAUGGCCUCAUGUGUAUUGUUAUGGAGUACUGCAGCGGAGGAGACCUGCUCCAGAGGAUGCAGCAGCAGAAAACUACGCAGUUCUCUGUGGAUGACAUCUUGAGAUGGUUUGCUCAAAUGUGUGCUGCGGCUCAGCAUAUCCAUGAUAACAGAGUUUUGCACAGAGACCUGAAGUCUAAGAACAUUUUCCUGACAGAUAAUGGGACAAUCAAGCUUGGGGACUUUGGCUCAGCGUGUAUUCUGAACAGCUCCAAGGCAUACGCUAAUACAUAUGUUGGAACACCAUAUUACGUUGCUCCAGAAAUAUGGGACAACAAGCCAUACAACAAUAAGAGUGAUGUGUGGUCUCUGGGCUGCGUUUUGUACGAGCUCUGCACCCUGCGACACCCGUUCCAGGCAUCCAGCUGGAAGAGCCUUAUUCUUAAGGUGUGUCGGGGUGCGUACCCUCCCCUCCCGAAUCACCUGCCCUACGAGCUGCAGUAUUUGCUCAAGCAGAUGUUUAAGACGAACCCAAAAGACAGGCCGUCCAUGCACAGCAUCCUGACCUCUCACAGGGUUUCGAGACUCCUGCGUAAACAUCUGCCGUCCCAGGCGCUACAGACGCAGGAACAGGGGCGGAGGGCUGCUCGAUGGAAGAGAGAAGAGGGAAAGGAGGUUGCUAAUCUUCUGGGGGAGAAGAGUUUAAUAACAACGUCAACAUUUGAAGGCAUGUCUUUACCUGAAGCCCACUCUGAAAGCAGAGAGCCGGGGCCUCGUAAGAAGUGGGCCGCGGGACCCUCGGACACUGUGCUGCAGAUGUUGGCCAACGCCAGCCUCGUCUCUUUAGACAGCCUGGCGUCAACCUGCCAGUCCCUCACAGAGGAGCCAGGGGUUAGCAGGCAGAGGAGACGAUGGGACAAGGAUCCUCCUGAGAGGCUCCUGAGUGUAUUGGAGAAGGCCCGGCUAAGCAGAGCCUUCAGCACCUUUUUAAUUAACCCAGGAGUUGAGGACCCUCUGGUGGGACCCCUCGCCCAACCAAAGGGGGACCACCCUGAUGGUCCUGAGCCUGAAGUGGCGUUAGAUGAGGACCGACUGUAGCCUCGCUCUGAUGAUGAGGACACGGACUUUGAGGAAGAACAUCCAUGCGAUUGGAUGGAUGAAGUUGAGAAAAUGUUUACGGAACACUAAAGUCUCAUUUCUGACAGGAUGCCGACACAAUCACACUGUAAACAAACACUAACUGUGUGCCAAAAUCAUUUCACAAUCAUGUACAUGAGAUCAGGUCUUGAUCUUAUAAACAGGGAGCAUUUUUUUUAAAGCAGCCUUUAUCCAAGUUUACAAAGACCCAGUUAAGCUCAGACAACACUGGGUUAUUCAUAUUCUAUGUUUCAGGGGCUGCAUUGAUUUUUAUGAUCGUAAAAAACAUGUAAGUUAAAAUUGUGGACUGUUCAACUUGUUGUAAAACCUCUUUUGACAUAAAGAUAUUUGAGUUA